AUGGCUGACCACCAAGGAAUAUCUAAUGUGCAAUGCAAAAACUCCAAUCCAUUUUCUACUAAGCCUUUUGGACUCCACCCACCUAAGCCAAGACUGUCUCAACAACGAGAUUCAUCAUCGUCGCCAUGUAAUCACAAUCACACGUCGUUCUAUUCAUCUAAUUCUACCACUAAUGGCAGUACUCCAAUGAUCUCCCCCAAUUCUACAGAUGAUAUUUGUGUUUUAUUCUCUAAUUCUACUUCUAAUGAUGGUAGUCCUUUGAUAUACUCAAAUUCUACUAAUAAUGAUACUAGUCCACCAAUAUCUAAUAAUUCAACUAAUCAUACUAGUAGUUCACUAAUCUCCAAUACUGCUACUAAAGAUACUACUAAUCCACAAAUUUCUAAUUCGGCUAAUGGUGGUAUUUCACCAAUCUCUAAUUCAUUUGAUGACAAUGGUCUGCUAAUUAAUGCUCAUUCUACCACUGCUAUUCCACCGAUCUACUCCGGUUCUACAACUACCACUUCACUAACCUCCCCUACUCAUUCUACCACUGCUAUUCCACCAACCUACUCCAGUUCUACAACUACCACUCCACCCAUUUACACUUAUCCUACAAGCUCCACAAAAGCAAUCCCUCGAGCCGUAUUUUCUGCUGUCAUGAACUGCAAGGGCGGAUCCAGGAAGUUUGACUAG